UAGCGCGACGAGCGACUCGAGGACAGUCGCCACCCAUUCUCGUUCCCCGUCAUUCUUUAGUUGCGCACCGUACGACUAGUACUACGCUCGCUGCCACCGGACAAAAAUGUUUUACGCUUCUUAGUGUGCUGAGGUUUCAAGUGAAGUGCUAGUGAUUUUAUACCCAUACUUGUUACUCUAACUACAAUAAACGACAAGAAUUAUGAUGGCACCCGAGACAGUGGUGACUGUUGAUCUCAACAAACAAACACAACAGCAGGCACCACCACCACAGCAGCAGCAAGGUGGUGCGCUUGACUGGAUUAAAAUCAAUAUAGAUUAUUUCAAAUCACCACCCGGAAUUUUGAAAGUUGUUCAGUUGAUUUUAGGCAUAUUGUGUAUGUCAUUGGGAACUCCGUGGGCGUCUGCGUGGUACGUGUUCGUGGCCGUUACCGCUUUCAUAACCACGCUCUUGUGGAGCUUCGUCUAUCUGCUCAGCAUCCGUGAGGCUCUUAAGAUACCCAUUAACUGGGUACUAUCAGAGUUAAUCAGCACAAGCUUCGAGACGUUGUUCUACCUCAUAGCAUUCAUAGUCAUGUUUACGUCGCUCUACGGUAACUACGGACGUAACGUAGCGGCUGCUGUUUUUGGUAUAUUCAAUACCCUUGCUUACGCAGCCAGUUCGUACUUCCUGUUCCAAGAGCAUAGAAGCAACACACUGGCAGCGGCAGCGUGAGGACUCACCCCCGCGUCGUAGAAACUGAAGACCAAUAUUUGUUAUUAAUUUUAUUUUACAGAAAUCUUUAUUGUCUAUUGUACAGUCGUUUGAUUGUGACAAAGUUUAUUUGACGAGUUUUAAUAAACAUAAUAUUGUAUGUAUCUAAUUAUUGACAAAAUAAAUUUUUUACAUAUUAUUAAACUUUAAAACUAGGAUAUUUUGAUAUUAUUUAAAUUGUAACUAAAUUGAAAGGCCAUAGAUAGUUUGAGAUCUUUUAAUAAAAACUAUAAUUAUUCUAAUUAAAUUUAUUUCAUUUUGUUUAAAAAAAAAAUCAUAUUCAUUUUAUAAAGAGUGGGUGGAUAUUGAAUCAUAGUAUUAGAUGGGUUAUGUAUGCGGAUAUAUCUUUUACAUUAUUAUAUACUAAGAUUUUUCAAAUAUCAAUUGUAGGUUUUACGUAUAAAUUAUAAUCGGUGUACACUGUUCUUUAAAAAUCAAUCUACGGGCACUUUGCACAGCUACGUAUUCUUAUCUUACCUAUUGUUCAAUAUGACCAUAAUUAUUUCAUUUAUAUUAUAACUAGUCGAAUCUAUGUUGUAAUUAUUAUAAACUCGAAUAAUUACAAGAUUCUUUUCAAUAUGAUUGAUUGAUAUUAAGAUCUAAAAUCAGUCGGUGACUAACGGUUGUGACAUUUUUAAAAUCUAAAAAUAAAUUCGAAAUGAAAGUUAUGUCAAAUAUUUAAAACAGCGUUAUUUUCUGUUUAUGGUGCAAAUUAGACAUUAUAUCGUAGUAUUAUACAUCUAAUAUUAUUUUUAUACAUCUACUGUUUCUAGCAUCAAACAGAUGUGUCAAUUGUUGUUAAGUUAUGAAACAUAAGAUUUCAUACCUAAGUACCUAAUAUUAGAAUGUGAGGGUUAUUAUUUACACACUAGCUUAAUUUAACUAAUAUGUAAAGAGUUAAUAAAACACGUGUUAACAUAAA